CCUAUUCUAUCUUCCUUUCGGUUCAGCUUUCAGACUGAUUCGAAGUCCAGUUCAGACGAUCGGCAGUGAUUCCUAGUGAUUCCUAGCUAAAGAAGAAACCCCUUUGUCUGUCUCAAAAACCUCUGCAUCAAUGAGUGAUCCUACUGCGGAUGGAGAGAGAAAGCGUUUCAAGACCGUCGCCGACUGCGAUUCCGUCCAUGAAAUUCCCUACCUGCCAACAGAAAUUAUUACAAAAGUCCUAAUCAGACUUCCCGUCAAAACCCUCGUCAAAUUUAGGUGCGUAUGCAGAUCCUGGCUCGCUUUGAUAUCUGAUCCCAUAUUCGUCGAGAAGCAUCUGAGAGCUUCCACCCAAGACAAGGGUUAUGCACACCAUAGACUUAUUAUGAGCUCCGGUUCUCGUAGUUUUGAAGUGAAAUCAUGUUCUCUUUCAUCUGUUUUGCAUGAAGAAUGUCCUAGUGCACAUGACCACUAUUAUCCAUUGAAGCACCCGCAACGCAUUGUUUCGAUAGUUGGUUCUGUGAAUGGAUUGGUUUGUAUAGCUAUAGACCAAGGUUCUGUAUUUUUAUGGAACCCAUCUACUAGGAAAUCAAAGAGACUGCCCAAUUGUGGCUUUAAAAAACGAUCACGUGGACACAAUGGAUAUGGGUUUGGCUAUGAUGAAGCUAGUUCUGAUUAUAAGGUGAUUGUUACUAAAUCUGAAUUAUAUGGUGAAGCCCCUUUCAAGACUGAAGUAAAGAUUUAUGGGUACAGGAGUGAUUCAUGGAGGAGGAUUGAAACUUUCCCUAAAGGCCACUUUCCCAUGGAUGCUCUGGGCACCUUUGUCAGUGGAUCACUUCAUUGGACUGCAAGUGGGGAAAUUGAUUUCAGCUAUUCUUCGAAUAUUCGGAAACCUAUAGUCUCUUUUGAUUUGUCAAAAGAAACAUAUACUGAAUUCUCGCAACCCCGCUAUGGGAAGGGUGCUUCGGAUUCAAAGCUAGGAGUUUUAUCUGACAACCUCUGUCUGCUAUCUAGCAUUCAUUAUAAACGAUUCGAUGUAUGGGUGAUGAAGGAGUAUGGAAAAGUAGAGUCUUGGUCUAAGUUGUUUACAAUACCGUAUCUUAGUCAGCUAGAGGUUUUCCCGGUACCCUUGUGUAUUUCUUUUAGGAAAAAUGAAGUGCUUUUGGUGGUAGGAUCGCGUUUGGUGUUGUAUAAUAUGGACAACCGUACGAUUAGGCCUAUCAACAUUCAAGAUUGCCUUCAAGUAUACCUCCUUGAAGCAUACACUUAUAUUGAGAGUCUAGUCUCGCCUUAUCCUGAAUGAUGCAACAUAGAGAGAAAGUUGAAUGCUGCGAGACUGCAACUGCGAAGAUGAACCAUGAUUAGAAUGGUAAAAUAAUGAAAUGUAGUUACUUAGUUUUUUUUUUUGUAAGAUCUGUAUUUUCAAGAACAUGUUAUUCCAUUUGUAGAUAACCAAGAAGAAGUAUGAUAACUUAGAAAAUCCUAAUGAUAAUGACAAAUAGCUUAGAAUAUUUUCAGGAACAUGUUAUUCCUGAAAAUGGUUACUUAGUUUUUUUUGUAAGAUCUGUAUUUUCAGGAACAUGUUAUUCCCUUUCAAGCAUUAUGGCCUCGAUCCUUCUAAGCUAUUUGUCAAUAUCAUGAUUUUGCAGAACCUAUUCCUCUGUUUUAGUAAUUGAUAUUAGCUUCUUUAAGAUAAGUAUA